AUGAAUUUCUUGAUUCGUUCCACAACGAGCGUGUACUCAGAGCGCACUCCGAUUCCAGAACCUCGCACCGAUGUUCAUCAACGAUCAGCAUCCGCCGGAUCUUCUUAUGAGGCUCAUAAAUCUGAUGUUUCUUAUUCGACGUACGAUUGUGAUGUUGAAUUGAAUUCAAAACAGCGUGAUUUGCCGGUUGCGGUUGUUGAUAAGCACAUUGAUGUUUCUGAAGAUGAAGGAUGGAUCACCAUUCCGUGCAAGGAACUUCCUGAAAACUGGGAUCAUGAGCCAGAUAUACAAUCACUGCGCCCUCUUGAUCGUUCCUUUCUUUUUCCGGGUGAACAAGUUCAUAUCUUGGCAUGCUUGUCUGCAUGUAAGCAGGAUACACAGAUUACUCCUCCAUUUGAAGUUGCUGCAAUGACAAGAAAGAAUGGCCGAGGUCAAAGCCCCGAGAAAGAAAGUGGAAGCAUUGAAAACAGAAAUAAUUUAGUAUCCGGAGAAGAAGAACUGAGUACCAGUGGUGAAGAGAAGCAGGGAGAUAUUUUUGAUGGUGACUCCCUUCACAAGGAGGUUCACAAAAGACAAACUGCAUUGCUGUUGCAAAAAUUUGAAAAUUCUCACUUCUUUGUGAGGAUCUCUGAGUCCAAUGAGCCUCUUUGGACCAAAAGAAGCUCUGUAGAAUUUUUUUCUAAUUCUUCUGAAGCAAAUGGUCAGAAGGCGCCAACAAUUAAAACUAGAGAGACUGCACUUCCUUCCAUUGGUACAGUUAUUGAUAAAGGAAAUUUUGAUGCAACUGUUUGUGGUGGCACAGCGAGAAAUUCUGUCAAGUGUUUCACUUUACCUAAUGGAGACAUAGUGGUUCUUUUACAAGCAAAUGUUAGUGUAAAUUUUCUUAAAGACCCUUGUAUAGAAAUUCUCCAAUUUGAAAAGUGUCAGGAGAGAACAUUGUCUCCCGACAGUCAGGUGAAUGAAGUUUGUACAAAUCAAGGUCCAUGUGCAGAGCUGUUAAAUUGGAUACUUCCAUUGGAAAAUGGGAGGCCUCCUACGCGCUCAGAUUCUCAUCAUCAUUUAACUUCAAAUUCAGGAAUUGGUAGCACUUCUCAUAGGUCCAACCUUUCAGCACCAAUUGGCUCUCCGUUAUUUGCUUUUGGAAAUUUCAGAAGUUACUCCAUGUCAUCAUUACCGCAAAUUACAAACACACCCAGUGCUCCUGUUAAAGCAACUAGUUCUAAGCAAAACUUUGACCUAGACGAUUGGGAUCAAAUUUCAUCUCUCAAUUAUUUUUGGAAAAAAACUGGGGUGGAAGAACUUCUAUCUUUUCGAGGUGUCUCAUUGGAGCGAGACAGGUUUUCUGUUUGUUGUGGAUUAAAAGGCGUCUAUAUACCUGGUAGAAGGUGGAGAAGGAAACUUGAAAUAAUUCAACCUGUAGAGAUUCAUUCUUUUGCUGCUGACUUUAAUUCAGAGGAUCUUCUUUGUGUUCAGAUAAAGAACAUUGCUCCUGCACAUGCUCCAGAUAUUGUGAUAUAUAUAGAUGGCAUAAAUAUUAUAUUCGAGGAGUCUACAAAAAAUGGAGCAGUGUCAUCUUUGCCAAUUUCAUGUGUUAAAACUGGAGACGAUCAUUCUUUACCAAAUCUAGCCCUCAGGAGAGGUGAAGAACAUUCUUUUAUCCUUAAACCAGAAACUUCUACAUUGAAGAAUCUCAAGGCGCAAGAUGAUAGAAAUUCCCGUUUGUCAAAGCUAUAUGGAAAUACAGCAUCAAAAUUAAGUCUUGAUCAGUAUGCAAUUAUGGUGUCAUGUCGAUGCAAUUAUACAUCAUCAAGGUUGUUCUUUAAACAACCAACUAGUUGGAUACCACGAAACUCGAGGGAUAUCAUGAUCUCUAUUGCAUCACAGAUGUCUGGAAAACCUCCUGGAGCUCAUGAAAAAACUUAUCAACUUCCUGUGCAGAUCUUAACUCUUCAAGCUUCAAAUUUGACAUCUGAAGAUCUAACUUUGACAGUUCUAGCUCCAGCUUCAUUUACUUCACCCCCUUCAGUGGUUUCCCUGAAUUCACCGACGACUCCAAAGAGUCCUUUUAUUGGUUUUGCAGAGUUUUUAGCAAGAACAAAUGGUGAAAGAAGUAUCGGUGCCAAAUGGAAAAAGAGCUUCAAUGCUAUUAUGAAAAAAAAGGUGGAACGAAGUUUCGAUGUCAAAGCUCAGACAGUUUCUUUGAGUGAUGAUGUCAUUCCCAGUUCCGGUAUUAGUUGCACACAUCUAUGGUUGCAAAGCAGAGUUCCACUUGGAUGUAUUCCAUCUAAAUCUGUAGUCACUGUCAAGCUUGAACUACUUCCAUUGACUGAUGGCAUAAUUACGUUGGACUCUCUGCAAAUUGAUGUCAAGGAAAAAGGUGUUGCCUAUAUUCCCGAAUGCUCCAUGAAGAUAAAUUCAACUUCCAGUAUCUGCAAGGGGCUUAUGUAG